AUAUUGCCAUAACCUAUAUUAUUUCAGGGUAUUGCACAGUAUUGCCGAAACGAUCGUAUAAAAUAUUUGUAGCUCGAUUUACAAUUAUGGUUGUAAGGAAAUAUGAGGAUGAACUGCAGUAUCUGGAGAAGAUCAAUUCACAUUGUUGGCGGAUUAAGAAAGGGUUUCAACCCAAUAUGAAUGUGGAAGGUGUUUUCUAUGUGAAUUCAACUUUAGAAAAGCUGAUGCUGGAAGAGCUUAGAAAUGCGUGCAGACCAGGAAUGGCAGGUGGAUUCCUACCAGGUGUCAAGCAGAUUGCUAAUGUUGCUGCUUUACCUGGGAUAGUUGGACGAUCUGUUGGACUACCCGAUAUCCAUUCUGGAUAUGGUUUUGCCAUAGGAAAUAUGGCAGCAUUUGACAUGGAUAAUCCUGAUUCAGUUGUUUCACCAGGUGGUGUUGGGUUUGAUAUUAAUUGUGGGGUGAGACUGCUCAGGACGAAUCUAUUUGAGAAGGAUGUGCAGCCAGUCAAGGAGCAACUUGCUCAGAGUCUGUUUGAUCAUAUUCCGGUAGGCGUAGGAUCCAAAGGUAUUAUUCCAAUGAACGCUAAAGAUUUGGAAGAGGCGCUUGAGAUGGGCAUGGAUUGGAGCUUGAGGGAAGGCUACGUCUGGGCAGAGGAUAAGGAGCAUUGUGAGGAAUACGGACGUAUGUUGAAUGCCGAUCCUUCUAAAGUCAGCAUGAGAGCCAAGAAGCGAGGAUUACCGCAGCUGGGAACGUUAGGGGCGGGUAAUCAUUACGCAGAGAUUCAAGUGGUGGACGAGAUCUACGAUAAAUGGGCUGCCAGUAAAAUGGGUAUCGAGGAGAAGGGUCAAGUGUGCGUUAUGAUUCAUUCCGGCAGCAGGGGUUUUGGCCAUCAAGUGGCUACGGACGCUCUAGUGCAGAUGGAAAAGGCUAUGAAACGUGACACCAUCGUAACGAAUGAUAGGCAGCUGGCUUGCGCGAGGAUCCAUUCUACAGAAGGCCAGGAUUACCUUAAAGCCAUGGCAGCGGCUGCAAAUUUCGCGUGGGUGAACCGCAGCUCGAUGACCUUCCUUACGCGACAGGCAUUCGCUAAGCAAUUUAAUACUUCUCCGGAUGAUCUCGACAUGCACGUCAUCUACGACGUGUCGCACAAUAUCGCGAAGGAAGAGGAGCAUAUAGUUGACGGUAAACCCAAAAGGUUGCUGGUCCACAGGAAGGGGUCAACUAGAGCUUUCCCACCGCACCAUCCUCUCAUCCCUGUCGAUUAUCAGUUGACCGGACAACCGGUGCUCAUCGGCGGUACCAUGGGAACAUGUUCAUACGUGCUCACCGGUACCGAGAAGGGAAUGCUGGAAACCUUUGGUUCCACAUGCCAUGGAGCUGGUCGUGCCUUGUCCAGAGCCAAAUCUCGCCGCAAUAUCGAAUAUACUGAUGUGUUGAAGAAGCUGGAGAGCAUCGGCAUCUCAAUCCGAGUCGCCUCGCCUAAGCUUGUCAUGGAGGAAGCUCCAGAAUCCUAUAAGAAUGUAACUGACGUCGUUGACACGUGUCACGCUGCUGGCAUCAGCAAGAAGGCCAUUAAACUCAGACCGAUCGCUGUCAUCAAAGGAUAGUCGCGUCUGUAUUUGUGUAAUCAAUUCUUCAACAUUUCAAUGCAAUCUUCGUUUUUAAACCAUCUAAACUCGUCGUUG